AUGGGCCCCUCGUUGAGAGAUCACUCUUCCUUCAAUCGGCCGUCGACACGCGACCGCCCGGUGACUCGUGGCGAUGGCGAGAACUCGCUGGUGGUGCCCAGCCGCACCUCGUCGCUGCACUCGCGCAUCACCCAGCCGAUUCCCUCCACCCUGAGCAUCAAGCCUGCCCAACGCACCCCCAAGACCCUGACGCACGCCUACAUGGUCUGUGGUGUCGGCCGUGAGCCCUCGCAAUGGGUGAAAGCUCCGCCGCCCGCCCAGGGCAAGAUCGGCCACAUGAAGGGCGCCGUCGGCCAGUUCUGGCUGCCCGAAAUCCUCGGCAGCAGCCCGCGUCUCGAGCAGGACAAUGAGAUUGCGCGUGCUCUGCACGCCGCCAUGCGGGCCUGCUUCCCUCAUGACGUCGAGAUUUGCACCGGCAAGACCCAACCACACUGCGCCCACCACGCCUUUGUCCUGCAGCAGGACUCAUCGCACACCCUGUACGGCAUCGCCCUGCGCGUCUGGUCGCGCGCCGACGAGAAACGCGCCGAGACCAUCCGCGAGUUGCGCAAGAAGACCGAGCCCGACUUCUACGACAACCCCGACGAGACCUACUGGAUCCCCUACUGCCUCAGCUUCCUCUCCCGCUACCCGCUCUACGACCUGCUCGGCGACUACCUGCGAGGCAUGUGGAUUCACUGGAACAAGGCCACCAACCUCUUCCACGCCGAGGAGGUCUCCCGCAUCCUCAGCUUUCCCGCCCCGCGCCUCAACGACCUGGUCCGCAUCGACAUGAAGGACUACGCCCUCUGCUACCAGUUCCCCUCCUCCCCGACCGGCUUCCAGAACUUCGCCCUCUGGCCCCUCUUCACCUGCCUCUCCAUCCCCAACAUCGUCGGCGUCAUCGAGGCCGCCGUCUCCCCCACCCGCCGCAUCAUCUUCGUCAGCCACUACCCGGCCAUGCUCACCGUCGCCGCCGAGACCAUCCGCUACGCCGUCCGCGUCUACGAGUGGAGCGGCCUCUACGUCCCCGUCGUCCACGCCCGCCACAUCAAGGAACUCGUCCAGGAACCUGGCCCCUACAUCCUCGGCGUCACCGCCGAGUGCCGCUCCCUCUUCACCGCCCCCGCCGACGCCCUCGUCGUCGACCUCGACCGCAACUUCGUCCUCACCGCCAGCCCCCCGGACGUCCUCUCCGCCGGCCAGCGCACCAAGUUCAUCACCCGCCUCACCCAGGCCCUCAACGGCGAUGUCUCGCCCUCGGGCGUCCCCACCCACCUGCGCUCCGCCUACGCCGGCGGCAAGCUCAUCCCCGCCGGCCAGAUCAUCGUCAUGCGCGGCGAGGUCGACCGCAUCGACGACCCCGCCUGGUGGAACCAGGACUCCGUCAUGGCCGUCAUGGACCACGUCUGCGAGAAACUCGGCCGCAACACCGGCAUGAAGGCCAUCUUCGGCGGCUCCGUCAAGAAGCCCCUCAUGACCAAGGUCUCCAUGCGUCACCUCAACGAGAUCGUCCGCGAGCGCAACCAGUACUCGCGCGAUGCCCUCGAGGCCUGGCAGGACUUUAUCAACCUCAAGGGUCGCAUGGAUACCGAGCUCUCCAAGGUCACCAAGCGCAACAACUUUUUGGUCGAGGAACUCGAAACCUGGAAGCAACAGUUCCUCAAAUUCCAAUCGUUUGCCGAACAACUCACCAAAGAGACCACAGACCUCAAGGUCAAGAUCGAGACGCACAAGCGCGAGAACCGUCGGCUGGCGGGUCUGAUCGACCAGCAGAAGGAUGACGUCGCCCGACUGACGCUGCGCCUGUCCGGGACGGAGAAGCAGCGCGAUGACGCCUUGGAAGCCCUGGUCCUGCAGCAGGAGAUCGCCGAGGAGCUGGAGCGCGAGCGGAAGCGCAACCAGAAGGAGAUGUCCGCUCUGCAGCACACCAACGCCACCCUGAUGCGCCAGCGCGACGAGGCCCAGCGCGUCGUCCUGCACCUGCGCAGCCUCAUCAACGGUCAGACCCACCAUAUGGAGCACCUGGUGCGCUCCAUCAGCAGCACCUCGGAACUGUCCGAUCUGAUCGAGCAGGGCUUUGACGACGCCUCCGAGGACCGUCUGGCCUCGUCGGUGGCCGGCGACGAGCAGCAGCACCUUCAGCAGAACCUUCAGCAGAACCUCCAGCAGCAGCACCAGCAGCACCAGCAGCACCAGCACCAGCAUACCCAACAGCUGACCCCGCGUUCCGUGUCACCCGCGGAGACCACCCGGUCGGCCAUCGAGGUCAAGCGACGGACAAGUGGGCUGGUCAAUGACAUGACCCCGGAGAUGGAGAACCAUCUGUUGAAUAUCGGUAAAGCGCAACAGCGUCUCGCUCGGCUCAGCAUCACUGAUGUUGCAGAUCGAUACCUGCGCGACAAGACCGACGCCAUCGCCGAUAUCAUCCGCAGUAUCAGCGAGCAAUGCGCCGCCGCGGUCGAAGGGCUGCACCUGGCCCAGGACGCCGAGGAUGAAGAGGAGGCUGCCGCCGCCGCUCAUGCUGCUCAUGCCGCCACUUCUUCCACCGACACCCUCACCCUCGACGUCGAUGAGCGCAAGGGCGGCAGCAGCGAGCCCGGCGACUACGAUCACUCGUCUCUCCACCCGGACCCGCGGCACUCGAGCAUCCCGCCGACCCCGGACCUGGUGCACAACCGAUCCAGCACGUCCAUGUCGAUGAUCAGCAGCUCGACCUUCCAGGAACGAUCUUCCCAGCAGUACGGCCCGGGGGAGAUCCCCAUGCGGAUCGUCGAGGAUGACGACGAGCCCCUGGACGGCGCCGACGCGGACGGCCUCGACGACCAGACCCAGUCGGGAACCCUCUCCAAGCAGGCGAGUGACGAUAUCAUCCGCCCCGGUACGGCUCGCCUGGUGGCAUAG